AUGAAGUUGGAAGAUGGAUGGGUCUGUGAUAGUUCUGUUCAUCACUACAAAAGUUGUAAGGAGUUGUUAGAGGCAGGUCACUCCAAGAGCAAUGUAUACGUAUUCUACCCAGACGGGUUAUCUGAUGGUCUGGAAGUCUUCUGUGACAUGGAGACUGAUGGAGGGGGAUGGAUUGUAUUUCAGAGACGGCAGGACGGCAGUGUGGACUUCUACCGCACCUGGGCUGAGUACAAGUCUGGCUUUGGUGAUCUUUCUGGUGAGUUCUGGCUUGGUGAUGAUAACGUGAUGACUUUAACGUCUGAUGACUCACAGGGACCGUGGAAGCUUCGGGUGGAUCUUUACGACCAUAAUGAAAUGGCAUUUGCGAAGUAUGAAGAUUUCAAGAUUGUUGGUGCAAAGUACACCCUUGAGUUUGGCGCAUACGAUGCAAGCAGUACUGCUGGUGACUCUCUUGAUGAGAACAACGGAAUGCCCUUUUCUACGAUGAAUAAUGACAAUGAUAAGUGGGACGGUAACAUGGCUGCAAGUCAUGAAGGAGCCUGUUGGUUUCCCGAAAGUCUCGCAUCUCACUUAAAUGGUAAAUAUUACCCAACUGGUCCUAAUUCUUACGGCAACGGCAUUCAAUGGAUUAGUUGGCGAUAUGGAUAUUCUCUCUCAAAAUGCAGCAUGAAAAUCCGUUAA